AAGAACUCUACUCUGAGAAACUUUGAAAUCUGAAAUUGUGUCUGACUUCUUUAUCUUAGUCGCGGAAUAAAAAAUCUCACAGUAUGCAAGAAGCAGGUAUCGCAGACUGGCUGGAGCUCAAUUCAGAUGCAUCCAGUUCUGAGGAUGAGAGUCCCGAUAAUGAUCGCCCAGGGCAGCUUUGCGCUGUAAAGACUCUGUAUGAAGGCGAAAGGAAAUGCGCUUGCUGCGUAAACUGGGUAGAGGAGCUUCCCGACGACGUAGGGCCGUCAGCGGAAGAAGAGAGCGAGAACCGGCGCCACGCUCUUUUAAUCCGUCUUCAAAGGAAUCAUAACGAUGGCAAGCCAUUGGUACUUCACUCCAUCGUUAUUCAGAGUACCUAUCUGAAGACGUUACUGGGAGAGGUAUUCCAGGACUAUUCAGGCAUCACAACAACGCUCAAGAAACUUGUCUUUAGAGCCCCUUUCUAUUACUUCUUCUACGAAUGGAACCGUCUUGAAAGACUCGCCCGUCAGAUAGAAGACCCCGUUGGAAAGAGUCAUGCGCGCCUGUUGCGAAAGAUCUUAAAGUCCGAAUUGAAAGAGACCAUCUCGGUAAGCGACGACUUGAGACGCAACGGCGUCAUCACUUACGACUAUCUCUGGACUAUCUUCAAGCCUGGUAUCGACGUCUACGCUCGUGAAGAUGGUUAUGAUCGCAUUUACCGACUUCAAAGAACCGUCUAUGUCCCUCCCGUAGGCAGCAGUCACUUCUUCCAAGUCGUACUCGCCGAAAUUGAAUGCGACGGAGAUUGUGUUGGCUACCAGACAAAGUGCAUCCCAAUCUUCAACUUCCCCGGCACGAAGAGAAUCCAAGACCUUGAUUUGUUCCCCGCAUCUUUCCAUCCAGACUUGGCCGAGGUGAAGGAAAGGCUUAAGAAGAGGGGCGAGAAGUUUAGGGCUAUCCAUUCGAAUCCCUAUUACUAUGGCGCUUACGAAGGCAUCGUCCUAGAUGAAAAGCGGAGGCGCAACGUUGAAGGAAGGAUCGUCGUUGACCCUUCGUCUCACGCGACCUUUGCCGACGAGAACAUAGAUUUGAUAGCUCUUGACUCCUCUGCUCUCAAGCCAGGGAUGUAUGUGUCCGACACGAUGCACCAACCCGGCGCACCCCCGCCGCCACCUCCUCCCCAGAGAGGAAGACCACCCCCAUACGGCGGAGCACCUCCUCCCCUUCCUCCUCAGCAAUGGAUGGCCCCGCCUCCACCUCCUCCUAUGCCGCCUAUCAUACCAGCGCCUGGAAUAAGGCGAGGUCCUAGCAACUCGAAAAACGAGGAGUUGACUGAUGACUUGUUGCAUCUAUGCACUGCGUAUGUCCGCGGGUACUGCUUCAAGAUUAAGAAAUGGGUGACCUUCUAUAUCGAUAAUGUCAACGAAAUUGAAUGGCACGAUGGAGCAUUUGAUAGCCUUGUGUUGACGGGGGGUUAUAAGAAGCUGAUUAUGGCCUUCGUCGAGAGUCAUAUUGAGAACAAGGAUAGGUUCGAUGAUGUAGUUGAGGGUAAAGGUCAAGGUAUCACUAUGCUUCUUGAAGGACCUCCUGGAGUAGGAAAGACUCUGACAGCUGAAGCGGUCUCGGAGAAGCUUAGACGUCCCUUAUAUGCUAUGGGUGCCGGAGAACUCGGAGCGGAUCCUGAAUCAGUAGAAGACAAUCUGAAGAUGAUUCUCGAGGCUGCCGCUAGAUGGGAUGCGGUGCUACUCCUUGACGAGUGCGACGUACUCCUCGCCCAGCGCGACUCCGAUAGCCUUGGCCGUAACAGCAUCGUAGCCAUCUUCUUGCGACUACUCGAGUACUACCGGGGUAUGCUCUUCAUGACCACUAACCGCGUUGAAGCCGUCGACCCCGCGUUCCAGAGCCGAGUCCAUCUCACUAUCCGUUAUCCCCACCUUGACGGGCCAGCGCGCCGGCAGAUAUGGGAGCGGUUUAUCCAGACUUCACACCAGGAAUCGACGCUGGAUGAAAUUGACUUUACUGAGUUGGAGGCUAUUGAAGUCAAUGGACGUGAUAUCAAGAACAUUGUUAAGACUGCUCAAUUACUAGCUAGUCAUGAGAAGGUACCGUUGGCAAUGCAGCAUAUUUAUACUGCUCUGAGUGUAUCUCGUGCUGGGAUACAAUACCCCCUUCCUUCUUGAACACUAUAGUUUUAGGGAGAUUUAGUGGUUUGUAGGGGGUAUACAUGGGGGUAUAGGGACUCGGAUAGGGGGUUUCGGGCGCGGAUGGAAGUUUGAAAGCGCCUAAUGUUUCUUUACUUACUCUUGAAACGACUAAAGGGUUUUAAUAAGUCUGAAUUCAACUUUUCUAGUAAUGUCUAUCAUAAGCCAAAGAAGCCUUCGAAGCUUCACACAUCCUUUUUCAUGCCGACCUUUCCAA